AUGGGCGAUCCCACACAGUACCUUCCUCCCAGCCUGGACAAGGAGACCUUGCUAGAGUUCGCUCGCUCUUUGGGUCUCCCCACACCCAUCGGCGUGAGAGCUCUUAUUGUCAUAGCGGAGUACCACCCCAUCUACCUGCUGUCAUUCUCAGCGGAAGAUGCAAGCGAAACUUCGCCAAAAUUGGAGGCUUUGGAUGGUGGGAACGGGUCGGUCGAUCUCGUUCUGCGGGUCUCAGGCAGCCAUCUCCCGCACAUCAAGACGGAGAAUGAGGUCGCCGUUAUGACUUGGGUCCGUCAGCAUACGUCUAUCCCAAUUCCCGAGAUCAUCCGGUUUGAUGCUACCACCAAAAAUAGCCUUGGUUAUGAAUUUACGCUGCUCACGCGCUCCCCAAGCAUUGGUCUGCAUGAGGUUUACGAUCAGCUGUCCGUGGAACAGCUGACAGUGAUUGUUGACCAAAUUCUGGAUAUUGUCCUGCAGAUGCACCAAAAGUCCUGGUCUGGGGUAUCUGGACAGGUGCUCUCCCCCUCUACGGCAGAAACUGGCGCCUCUGCUCAGGUCAUUUCCCGUCUCAUUCUCGAUGAAACCUUCUGGCAGGCCCCCGAUAUUGUGACUUACUUUCCUGCGUCAUACACCGCAUAUAUCGUAGCACUAGUCCGUGUUUACCAGCACGCCAUCCGUGUGCAUACCUUCUUGGAGGCCAGGCGGGACCUUCUCCCCCGCCUCGACGCCUGGGUCGAUGACCUCCACGUGGCCAAUAUCAUGUACGACCCGACUGCGGCUCGUGUCACGGCGAUUUUGGACUGGGAGUUUUCCGGUGCAUUCCUCUGGAAUGGUCAGCGGAAUGCGCAGGCUGUGGAAGAGCAGAAACGUGUACGUGCACUCUUUGACGAGCGAUGCCGUAUCCGCGGCGUGGACCUAUUGCUGGAGACGGAGCCUCGCUUUUCUCUUCAGGAGAGCAUGCAGGAUGCGAUUGGGUACUUGCGGGCGAUUUUUGGCGUUUGUCCCCGGGGCGAGAAGGCAGACAAGGUGGGAGAGUGGAGGGCUAUAUUGGAGCCUAGUCUGGAGAUAUUCAAAGUGUAA